AUACCAAAUACUACUUGAAAAUUGAAAAACCAGAACUGAGGCCGGUUGCUCUGCUUGCUUUGUUUUUUCUCCUUCUCUUUCUCUUUAUAUAUAAAGAGUAAUCAUCUAAAGUAUAUAACUUUCACAUUAUAAGCUCUCCCCCUCACAAAAACGUUCUCCUCAUUCCCCUCCUUGUUCAUGUUUUCUUCGCCUUACAUCAACUAAACCUCGUCUUCAACUGUGACAACCCUGGUCAAAUCCCGAGAACUUAUACGCCACACAAACACAACUAAACCAAUGGGGACCAACAUUACAGAUGAAAAAGAAAAAAAGAUGUUCAUCGGAGUGAUCUGGAGCUGUGCAGCAGAAGUAAAAAUCCUCUGCACAGCUCUCCUCUUCCUCUGCUCUCUCCUCACAAUCUUCCAGUUCUUCCCCUCCCCUCUCUCCUUCGUCUCCGUUUCCGAUCUCCGCAAAUGCGUCUCCGCCAUCCCCACCUCCCCGCCACCACCACAACCAAUCCAACUAGACCAUGAUCUUCAAAACGGCGUUAUAAAAAGAUCUUUUGAUCCACGUGGAGCCGCGGCCUAUAAUUUCAUACUCAUGUCAGCUUACAGAGGAGGCGCUUCCACUUUUGCUAUAAAUGGAUUAUCUUCGAAACCUCUGCAUGUUUUUGGAAACCCUAGUUAUAAAUGCGAGUAUGUUCCGCAUAAUGUGACUCAUGCAAACGAGUCGAUUAUUGUGGAUGGGAACAAAAUUUUACCUGAUUGGGGCUACGGUCGUGUUUACACGACCGUAGUCGUUAAUUGUACUUUCCCGAUCCCUGUCGGGGAAAGUGGCGGGAAAUUAGUCCUCCGUGCCUCCACGAACGGUGGAGGUGACACGGAGGAUACCCAUACCGACAUCAUGACGGUGUUAGAUGAAGGUUCGAGGAGUGUGAAUUUUUCGAUUUUUAAUGAGCCACCGAAAUAUGAUUAUUUAUAUUGCGGGUCAUCUUUAUACGGGAAUUUAAGUCCUCAGAGAGUUCGUGAAUGGAUUGCUUAUCAUGUGAGGAUGUUCGGUGAGAAAUCACAUUUUGUGAUCCAUGAUGCCGGUGGGGUCCACCCCGAAGUUAUGGAGGUUUUGAGGCCGUGGAUGGACCGAGGGUUCGUGACACUACAAGAUAUUCGAGAUGAAGAGAGAUUCGAUGGUUAUUAUCAUAAUCAGUUUCUUGUGGUGAAUGAUUGUUUGCAUAGGUACAGGUUCAUGGCUAAGUGGAUGUUUUUCUUUGAUGUUGAUGAGUUUAUUUAUGUCCCGAAAGAUAGUAAUCUGAAAUCGGUUGUCGAUUCGCUUUCGGAGUAUACUCAGUUCACGAUUGAGCAGAGGACAAUGUCUAACAAGCUCUGUCUCACCGAAGAUGAAGGCAAAGAAUACAGGAAAUGGGGAUUCGAGAAGCUAAUGUACCGCGAUAUAAAAAGAGGAAUCAGGAGGGACAGGAAAUACGCGAUCCAGCCGCGAAACGUAUUCGCGACCGGAGUCCAUCUGAGCCAGAAUUUCGCAGGCAAAACAACCCACAAGACCGAGGGGCGCAUAACAUACUACCACUAUCACGGAACCAUCUCAGAAAGAAACGAGCCAUGCCGGCAGCUAGUGAACGAAACAAAUCUCAAGCUCGAUACGACACCAUAUGUAAUGGACACCUCAAUGCGAGACGCAGCUGUAGCUGUCAAGAGAUUCGAGCUCAAAAUGAUUGGCUCUGCUUUACAAAAUACGCGGCAAUGACAGGCUUGUUUCACACAAGGAGAUGAAAAUCUUGCAGUGGACUAGUUCCAAAUCGGCGAGAUCAUGUUUAUAGUCAUACUAAUACAUAUAUGAUUCCAUUUUAAAAUGUUUACGAUCGGUUUUAUUAUAUGAAGAGGAACUAAAAUAUUGAAAGAAAUAGAAUUAGGCCGGUUCUUCUGUAUAGGGUGACUGAUCUAUAGAGUUAUAUUUAUUUUUUUGAUCUAAUGAUAUAAAGUUUUUUUAAA